AUGGUCCCACCCAACACGGACAAUAGCAGAUACCCAACAGGGCUCCGGCCUCAAGAACACGCGCUGGACGCCUUAAGGACACAUGUCUCCAAGCUGAACGACAAAGGCACGCGUAUGUGUGACCAGUAUAACUUACCUACGCCAAGAGAAAUACCCCACAAGGCUCCUGUGCCAAGAAGAAAAACGAGCCAUACCAAGCCGAUAUCUAUCACCUGCGCCAAGAUGAAGGCCGUACAAGAAGUUCGUGCCAAGAUUGCGAGAUGCAAUUCAGGAUACAAGUCUCAGAAUGGCACCCCUGAAGAACAGGUGCAUACUGGCACUUAA